ACCAUUACAUCUUGUCCUAUUGCAACAGGCCCUGCUAAAACGUCUGUCCCCAUCUUACUUAUAAGCCUGCUUUAAGUACUGGAAGGCCACAAUAAGGUCUCCCCACAGCCGCCUUUUCUCCAGGCUGAACAACCGCAACUCUCUCAGCCCUUCCUCACAGGAGAGGUGCUCCAUCCCUCUGGUCAUUUUUGUGGCCCUCCUCUGGACCCGCUCCAACUUGCCCACGUCUUUCCUGUGCUGGGAGCCCCAGAGCUGGACGCAGCACUCCAGGUGGGGUCUCACCAGAGCGGAGUAGAGGGGCAGAAUGACCUCCCUCACCCCACCGGCCACGCUGCUUUUGGUGCCGCCUGGGACACGGCCGGCUUUCAGGGCUGCCAGCGGGCGCUGCCGUCUCACGCCCCGCCUCUCCCCGCAGCGCCCCCGGCACGGCUGCCCCGCACCGCCGCCCGCAGGCGGCGACGGCCCUUUAAGGAGGCGGCGCCCCUUGGCGGGGCCGCGGCGCUACGUGUCGCUGCCAUGGCGGCCGCCGACUGCCGGGCGCGCGCAGCCGGGCGUUCGCGGCGGGGGGCGCCGUGACCCAUGUAUUUGAAGAGGCCGGCGGGCGGCCUCGCCUUCUGCCUCUUCUACCUGGCGUCCUGCUUCACCAACAAGUAUGUCCUGUCUGUCCUGAAAUUUACCUACCCUACCCUUUUUCAAGGGUGGCAGACAUUAGUGGGUGGACUUCUGCUUCAUGUCUCCUGGAAGCUGGGCUGGGUGGAGAUAAACUUGUGUUCAAGGUCUGAAAUCCUGUCAUGGCUUCCUGCUUCAGUACUGUUUGUUGGCAUUAUUUAUGCUGGCUCUAAGGCACUGUCUAGAUUGCCAAUCCCAGUGUUCCUCACUGUGCACAACGCGGCAGAAGUUAUAACCUGUGGGUUCCAGAAGUUUGUGCAGAAAGAGCAGACCUCUCAUCUGAAAGUCUGUAGUGUGCUGUUCCUCUUGGUAGCAGCAGUGUGCCUUCCUUUAUGUGACACACAGUUUGAUCCAAACGGUUAUUUAUGGGCUCUAAUUCACUUGAUCUGUGUUGGGGCUUACAAAGUAUUUCGCAAGUUAUGGAAACCUAGCUCUUUAAGUGAUCUGGACCAACAGUACAUCAACUAUGUAUUCAGUGUGGUGCUGUUGGCCUCUGCAUCCCAUCCAGCAGGUGAUCUCUUCAGUGCCUUGGACUUUCCAUUCCUGUACUUCUACAGGUUCCAUAGCAGCUGCUGCGCCAGUGGACUGUUGGGAUUCUUUCUGAUGUUGCACACAGUGAAGCUAAAAAGCAGCACAACCUCAGGGCAAUAUGCAGCAUGGAUUUUCCUUGCAAAGGCUUGUGACAACUGGAGUUGCACAGGGGUCUGUCCUGGGACCCAUCGUGUUUAACAUCUUUGUUGAAGAAUCCAAGGUGAUAGAGUGCACUCACAUUUCCAAAGGACACUGAACUGGUAGGACCAGUCAAUAAUGCUGAAGGACAGGGUUGCCUUCCAGAGGGACCUGGACAGGCUGGAGGAAUGGGCCAACAGAAAUCUUACAAAAUUCAGCAAGGAGAGAUGUGAAGCCCUGCACAUGGGAAGGACAAACCCCAGCAAUAAUACAGGCUGGGACUGGAUGGCUGGGAAGCAGCUCUGUGGAAAAGAACGUGGGGAUUUUGGUAGACAGCAAGCUGAACAUGAGCCAGCAGUGUGUCCUGGCAGCUAAAAAGGCCAAAAGUAUCCUGUGUUGCACUAACAAUAGCACAGGCAGUAAAUUAAUGGAAGUGAUCUUGCCCAUCUACUCAGCACUUGGUAGACCACAUCUGGAAUAGGGAGCCUUGUUUUAGGCACCUCAAUACAAGGAAGACAUUGAUAAACUGGAGCAAGUUUGGCAGAGGGCUGCCGAGAAAGUCAGGGGGCUGGAGCACUUCUUGCCCUGUGAGGAGCGGCUGCCGGACCAGUUCAGCCUGGAGGAGAGACAGCUUUGGGAGCAUCUAACAAACAGCAGCUGCCCAGUAGCUGUGGAGAAUUUACCAAGGCAGAUCUGGGCUCUUCACAGUGGCGCAUGGUAGGGGGGGUUGGGGGUUAAAGAUAACAAGUGUAAGUUGAAACAAGGGAGGUUCAGACUGGGUAUAAGGAAAAACUUUUUCACCCCAAGGACAAGUCAGGCAGGAGCACCGGUUACCCAGGGAGGCUGUGCAGUCUCUGUCUUUGAAGGUUUUCAAGGCUCAGUUGGACAAAGCCCUGAGCAACCCGAUCUGACCUCCUGAGGUCCAUUCCUACUGGAGUUAUCUUAUGAUCUGUGGAUCUAGGGUCUGGCUGUACUUGAUCUAAGUUAUUAACAGCUCAUUUGUUAAAUUAUCGGUGGUAUAUGCAGACUGAAGGGCUUGUAAGGCUCCUUUUCCUGGUUAGAUUUUACUUAGUUUCAUCAUUCUCAGCUAGAUCAUCUGAAAACCACAACCUUCCUAUGUGGUUUGUGAUUACAGCUUUCCUACUACAGUGAAUGAAGCUGUUACCUCACAAAAAAAAAAAAAAGGAAACAAGAAAAGUAGACUUGCAUAAUAUGCUUGUUUAGAAAUUGUAGCCAAACGAGUCUUUGGUUUUUCUGGGGAUAACAAGAAGGGAAUGAUAUGGCUCGUUUUGUGCUUUGCAAGCUGUUCCACACUAUACAAGUCACAUAGAGUUUCUCACCAGUUUGAAUUUCUUCCAAACAUUCUGACUGUGCAAAUUUUAGUGCCUUAGCUUUCUUCUUGCUCCUUGGUAGCAAGUCAACUGAUGUAAAGCUUGCUCUGUGCCCUUUUUUUCUUUUUUAACAUUCUGGGUUGAAGAUGGGAAUAACUGGCUUUGCUAGUAGGUAUUGUGAAUAAGGUGAAAUGGUUCUAUACGUGGUAUUUAUGACCUAUCCGAAAAAAAAUGCAGGCAAAGAUGUCUUGUGAAAUAUAUCUUAAGCAGAUUUGGGUCCUUCCCAGCUGAAGUGGAUCAGAGCCACAAAGUCUGGACUGGAUCAAAGCUUUCCCAACGUUCAAGAGUUUCUAGAUUUGUGGGGUUUUGGCCAACUCUAGGCAUAAAUUAGACAAAGUUCGUUCUAGCCACCAUUGACAAUGAAAUUACAUCCCUUUAUAUCAACUAAGGAUUUGUCUCUGUGUCACUGUGAUAAUUUAAUCUGUUCUUCAGCAUUAAAAACCUGUGUUUGUUAAUGUGCAUGGUUUAAUUAUCUUGCUUAGGAAGGCUUUUGUAACAGACCAAAUUAGUCCUUUUCCUGUUGUAGCUUCUAACCCAGAGCUCAAAUUUUAUGUCUUGUCUUGAGUUUAAAGAGGGGAAUAAGUGAUCAGAACGUGAGAUCUGUCUGUAGCACUAAUAAUUUUAUCAAAACUAACAGUUUCCCUAAUGUCUUUCACUAGUGUGCUUUCACUAGCUUGCUGUAAGAAUGAUUUUAGGGCUCAGUCAUACCCAUCUGAGGCAGCAUGAGGAGCAUGGAGAAAGUGCUGCUCCAAGUGCUGAAAUGCAGCUGAUUUUGGGAUAGAAGUCAGUGAAUGCUUGAAAAAUUCAGAAACACUUCAUCCGUUUUAGAACAGGGAUCAAAAGAGGCUGCAGAGACCGACAUGGAUAGGCAGAAAGCAAGAGCUGAACUAGAGCUUGCUUACAAGGGUAGGGUCUGAUCUACCAGCUCCUGCAAAACUCCCGCAAGGUAUCUUGUAACUAUAAGGAACCAUAAAUUUGCAUAUGGGGUAGUUAAGAAGAGUCCUAUCUGUCUGAUCACUAAUGCUGCUUCCUGCAGGUGUUUGGAAAUAUUCAAACUAGAUACUGAUCCAUCCCAACAUUGCCUGGGUAUAAGGGCUGUCUCAAUCACACCUUAAGUCAUCAUAGGUGCAGAAAAGCAGUAUGUAGCUAGUACUGUA